CUGGAGUGUCGAGUGACUUAGGUGCCCAGGCGCUUGCACCCGAGAUUUGGUCGUACAACUCGGAAGGUGGGCCAUGUUUGCUAUUCCGGGCUGGACCGUACGCACCUGGGCACGUUUAGCAUACGGAGCUAAUGUUGGUUGUUAUCUCGUAGCUGCUACCGAAAAUUUGGUAGUAGAUACCUUGACAUUUAAUGCGGACAUGUUAUUCAGGUUACCAUUUUCCUAGGUUUCCCGGAUUAAGCACCUUCGAUUCCACACGAUACACAGCGCCUAAUUACCUUCUUCCACACGUCUGAAACUGGUUUAGUGUGGUAGUAUAUAGUACCAAAUAGUUAGGCCGAAGUGGUGAAUGCCCUGGUAGAACGAUCGUCUACCACGAACUCAAGAUGUCGGCAAAAGCCAUGUCAAUGGGCGACGAGCCCAGCUCAGGGAACGUCACUAACCUUCCUCUCUCUGACCCUCGAUGUAAUAGCGACUCCUGUAAUGCUUUCAAGGCGGCUCAUCAGGCAUCUCAAGCUGCUGUGUCGUACGACCAUCAAUAUGAUUAUGGUCAUUACACCACUUGGUACUACCUGGCCGCCAUAGGCGUCGCAAUGCUCUUCUACUUCCACCGUCUAAACCGCAACCGCACGGCCCAACGAAGAGCUCCAGCCUCAAGUUCUUGGAAGGCGAAGAUAGAGCACAAGAUAUUGGCAGUCUUUCGGCUGGUCAAUUAUCGACAUUUGAAGGGACGUGCAGCCGACUACUUCGGAUUUCCUUCUCUCGGGACGCUGGCGUUCAUCGGCGUGACGUCUCUAUUCCUUCUCCUAAUGACCUUCCUAGUUCAUCCGUACUAUCGAGGUCGGCGAGGUUACGGUUCCCCCCCUCUGGCUGUCCGGACGGGGCUGAUGGCUCAAGCGUUAACUCCUAUUAUCGUGGCUCUAGCCGGCAAGGUCAACUUCAUCACCAUGUUGACCGGGAUUAGCCACGAGAAGCUAAACGUUUUCCAUCGUUGGGUAUCGUAUAUGUGCUUAUUCCUAAGCAUCGUUCAUACUGUGCCUUUCAUCGUGCAGCCCCUGAAAGAAGGUGGACCGGCUGCUCUCCGGAAGCAGUACUAUAAACCCGAAGGCAUGGAGUUUACCGGAACUCCACCCUUAGGAAUACUUGUAGGUAUCGUAGUGCUAUCAAUCCCCUGGAUUCGGCACCGAUUCUACAACUUCUUCUACCGGCUGCACAUUCCCAUGUACGUCGUGUACCUCGGACUUCUCUUCUGGCACUCCAAACAAGAAAAAGACUCAUGGGUGUAUCUCUACUCGACCCUUGCGAUCUGGCUCGCAUCCUGCCUAGUGCGCCUAUUUUACAAAUGGCAGACGUUCAGCAUUUUCCGCGAUUGGUUCUCGGGAUUCCCCGCAAGACUCGAAGAACUUCCAGGUGGGAUGACGAAAGUGACGGUUCUUGCCCCGUCGGACUUCCGAUGGAAACCCGGUCAGCAUUGCUGGAUCCGGGUACCGCACCUGUCGGUGCUGCAGAACCACCCCUUCACGAUUGCGAAUAUACCGAAGAUCGCGGCGCCGGGAAUAAAACGGGAUGCGGAUGUACAGGAGAUGAUCUUCUAUGUCCGCGCGCAUCAUGGUCUGACUCUUGACCUGCUUAAGUCCGUCGAGAAACACGAUGCUACCGAUGAUAGUGGUCGAUCGGUUUCCAUCCAUAUUGAUGGACCAUAUGGCGGAAUAGUGGAAGAUGUACCCGCCCUAUACGAAUCCCUGAUAUUCGUCGCUGGUGGAAGUGGAGUGUCCGCGUGUCUGCCCUGGAUUCAGUAUGCCGCGAGACGUGUAACUGAAGGUACUUCAGUAACUAAGAAUAUCCAUCUCAUCUGGAUGGUCCGAUACGCCAGUCAAAUCCACUGGAUAACGGAAGAGCUUCAACCCCUCGUCAACACGCACCCGGAUUUGAUCCAAGUUGAUUUCUUCGUCACGAACUCGGGCCCACCAGCGGUUUCCAGAACAGAUUCGGAGAAAAACUCCGACGAUGGAGCUACCAGCAGUAAACCAGGCGAAAAGAGCACAACAACAAUCAGCCCAAAGUUAGGACAAGUACACACUGAACGUCCUUACUUGCCUGACCUACUCCCGAACCUCCUCACAUCUAAGAGGUCCUUCAUUCUUGGUUGCGGGCCGGAAAGUCUCAGGACGGACUUGGCGAAUGCUGUAUCGGCAUCUCAGAAGAAGGUCUUAGCUGGCGGUGCUGACGUGAUCACAUUGCACACUGAAUCUUUUGGUUGGUGAUUGUGAAUGGAUACGGUAUCUGGGUUUCUCAUAUAAGGAGGUUGGAUUCGGGCAUUGGGAUAUAUAACGACUACACCAUCAUAUUGCACAAUAGGCAGUCUACUAAGAAGAAGUUAGUCAUAAAGGACCAGUGUAUUUAAUUUCACAUAAAUACCUAUUUUUACAAUGGAUGACUUGCAUCUCAACCCACUCUGUCGCAUGUGUAGGUACUUACACACAUAUCACUGCAUGUGAAUAUGUACCUCUCUUCUCCAAAUAUCAACCAAUAAAAACCAUCGCGUUUUCUCGUUAGGGCAAGCUACCCCGCAAUGGGUCGAUCGAGCAGCGCGGAAGUGACCCCUUAAAUACCUGCCCGUAAGCCUGUAAUUGUACAAAAAUACGCACCUAAAUCCCCUAAUCCAAUUGACUUGUUUCCCCUUGUC